UCACCGCUUCCAGUAAUACCAGUGAACGUCAAAAUGGCAGACCUGAUAGCCGUUCCCUUGAAGAAACCGUCAGACGUUGACAUUGUCAAACCGCUGACAAAUGUUAUUAAAUCAACUUAUAACUCUGCUGACAACCAGAAAGAUUAUACUGAAGCUAUAAAUGAGUUUAAUAAACUUCGUAAUAACUCGUUAUGGCGUGCCUUUGAGAAGUACGAAAGCUCUUUGGAGGUUAUUUACAGUUACUAUGACCAGCUCAAUGCUUUGGAAGCAAAAAUUCCAGCACAUGAGCUGCAAAUACCAUUCAAAUGGAAGGAUGCUUUUGAUCGGACAAUAUUUGGUGGAAAACUAAGUUUGACGAUCAGCACAUUGGCAUAUGAAAAAGUAUGCGUGCUUUUCAACAUUGCUGCUCUACAAAGUGCAGUUGCGGCUACGCAGUCUCUUGAUAGCGACGAAGGCCUCAAGCUUGCUGCGAAGCUCUUUCAGCAAGCUGCUGGUAUUUUCAACUAUUUGAAGGGUAAUGUGAUGCUUGCCAUUCAGCAAGAGCCGACUCCUGAUAUAAGUCCUGAUACUCUCGGCGCAUUAUCUUCACUGAUGCUUGCUCAAGCACAAGAAAUAUUUGUACACAAAGCAAUUCACGAUUCUAUGAAGGAUGGUAUUGUUGCUAAGCUUGCUGCACAGGCAGAAGAUCUGUACGCCGAAGCUUUGAAAUUAUUUCAAAAAGAGAUCUUCCGUGCUUUCUGGGACAAAGAAUGGGUUCCAUUGAUUGCAGGAAAGCAAGCUGGAUAUCGAGCAAUGGCUGAAUUGUAUCAAAGUUUCGUAUGCAAGACAAAUAAAAGCAUUGGAGAAGAAAUUGCUAGAUUGGAGCACGCAGUCGAAUUGUUUAAGUCUGCUCAACAGCGAUCUAAUAAACCUAAUUUGUUUCAAGACUACGCCAAUAAGGCGCAAAGAAAUUUAACCGAAGCAAAGAAAGACAAUGAUUUUAUCUAUCACGAACGCAUUCCCGAUGUCAAGAUGCUAGAUCCUAUUGGAAAGGCUAGUGUAGCUAAGAUACUUCCACUUUCUGAAACAUUGAGCUCUAAUUUCCACGAUUUAUUCGCGGAACUGUUGCCUGUGAGUGUGCAUCAUGCACUGUCAUCCUAUGAGUCACGGCGAAAUGAAGUAGUGAACAGUGAGAUUUCCAAACUAAGAGAAUCAACUCAGAUGUUAAAUAGCGUUUUAGCCAGUCUGAAUUUGCCAGCUGCUAUCGAAGAUACAAGUGGCACAGAGUUGCCUCAAUCUCUACUCGACAAGGCAGCAUAUGUGAGGAAUGCGGGAGGAGUCCAAGCUCUCGAAGCAACAAUGAACGAACUCCCAGAGCUACUGCAAAGAAACAAAGACAUCUUGGACGAGUCUGAACGAAUGCUGAAAGAGGAAAAGGAUUCUGACGACCAGCUACGAGAACAAUUCAAAGAACGAUGGACUAGAAUACCGAGUUCCAGUCUCACCGAACAGUUUACUAUCAAUGCCCAGAAAUAUCGUGACAUCAUCAAUAAUGCUGUUGCUGCAGACAAGGUUGUGCGCCAAAGAUUUGAAUCAUUUCGUUCAGGAAUGGAAACUCUUAGUAAGGAUCCAAGUGAAUUAUUGAACACUGUACCAGCUGGCUCUGCUCUUCAAGAAAGUGGGGCGGUUUCUCAACUAAGAAAAUUAAUGGAGGAUGUUGAGACAUUGAAAGCUGAGCGAGAUGCAAUCGAAAGUGAAUUGAAGUCAGCUACAACCGAUAUGAAGUCAGUAUUCUUGUCAGCAUUAUCUCAGGAUGGCGCUAUUGAUGAACCAAACAUGUCUGUAGAACGCAUUGGCCAAGUUUAUGGCCCAUUACAAAAGCAGGUUCGAGAUAGCCUGGCUCGCCAAGAAUCCUUAGUGGCUGACAUUCAGGCACGUCAUGCUGCAUUUAUAAAUGAACAUUCCGGUGCUGGUAGUACACGCGAAGCAAUGUUGUGUCAGUUGGCGUCUGCCUACGAUGCGUUCAAAGAGCUUGAGAACAACCUAAGGGAAGGAGCUAAAUUUUACAAUGAUCUUACACAGUUGCUGGUGGUUUUCCAAAAUAAAAUAUCUGACUUCUGCUUUGCUCGCAAAACCGAGAAGGAGGAAUUAAUGAAGGAUUUAACCACAAAUUUAAGUCACACAGGUCCGGCAACAACACCAACAAUCCCAUCACAUCACGGAGGCAACACACCCCUAUCACAGUCACAAUCCAAUAUUCAAGGUGGAUCUCAAUUGCCAUAUCCGACAAUGCAAUAUCAAGGUGGAAUGCCGGUGCCUUACGGUGCUAGUGCAGCUACUCCCUAUCCAACAUAUGUGCCUCCACCUAUGCCAGCAGGCUAUAACGGAUUAUACAAUUAUGGAACAAUGCCUUAUCCAGCACAAGGUGGAUAUAACCCGUAUCAACCACAACCACAUGCACCGCAAGCACCUUAUGGUGGCUAUGCAACUCUACCCAGAUACGGAGGUUCGAACCCUCCUUCAAAGCCAUGGUGAAUAAAUGACCCAGUUUCAAUGAAAGAUUGAGCAACAUUUUAAAGUCACAUGUGGAUUUUAUAUCUAUUAACUUCAAUUUUAGUUGAAAAGAAAUGCUUCAUUAUGAGACUGUGUAACGUUUCGUUGUCACUAAGAUGUUGCAUCUACAUCAAAUUUUUUAAACGGUUUCACGAUUUGAACAGCAAGGGUUUAACUAAUGUAUAAAAACAUUAUGGUACGUGUAUUAUCUACAUCAGUUAUCGUAGCAGCAAUGGAGUAGCCUUAAAAAGAACCAGGCUGUAAUAAUAUCGCAUUAUGGUUACAUAAGGUUUAAUGAGCGUAGGAAUCAGGUGUAAACGCUACAUUUAUUUUUGUUAUUCAAAUUAUCUAGUUACUAAUAUAUGAAUAUCACAAUGUAAA